UUGGUACCACUCUAAUCAUAUCAGACCACACCACAACAGUAAUCGUAACGUUAAAGAAUCAAGAAUCAUCUUCUCUUUCGUUUCUUUUUUUUUUUUUUUGCUAGAGAGGUUAAUUUGGGGAAAACAAGAGAUGGGUCGUGGGAUCAACCUCGUACUGGUGAUGCUGUGCAUGUAUAUGAGCCUCUGUUUGCUUCCGGACACAGCUUCUGCUCAGCUCAGACGCAACUUCUACGCAAACUCAUGUCCCAACGUCGAACAGAUCGUCCGAAACGUCGUCCAGCAGAAAAUCCAACAGACCUUCGUCACCAUCCCAGCCACUCUCCGCCUCUUCUUCCACGACUGUUUCGUCAAUGGGUGUGAUGCGUCGGUGAUGAUAGCGUCGACGGGGAACAACAAGGCGGAGAAGGAUCACCCGGACAACUUGUCGUUGGCCGGAGACGGAUUCGACACAGUCAUCAAGGCCAAACAGGCCGUCGACGCCUUCCCAAGUUGCCGUAACAAAGUUUCUUGCGCCGAUAUUCUCGCCAUCGCCACCCGUGACGUCGUUCUCCUGGCGGGGGGACCAAGAUAUGAAGUGGAGUUGGGAAGGCUUGAUGGACUGUCUUCCACGGCGGCGAGUGUCGGAGGGAAGUUGCCUCAGCCCACCGACGAUUUGAACAAACUCAGUUCCCUCUUCGCCAAGAACGGACUUAGCCUCACCGAUAUGAUCGCUCUCUCCGGGGCGCACACGCUGGGAUUCGCGCACUGCACAAAGGUCUUCAACAGGAUCUACAGCUUCAGUAGGACCAGCCCAGUGGACCCCACGCUGAACAAGGCUUACGUGGCACAACUUCAGGCAGCAUGCCCGCGCAACGUGGAUCCACGUGUGGCGAUAAACAUGGACCCCACCACACCGAGGCAGUUCGACAACGUCUACUACAAGAAUCUGCAGCAGGGGAAAGGGCUUUUCACUUCGGACCAGGUUCUGUUCACGGACCCUAGGUCAAAGUCAACGGUUAACCAGUGGGCGAGCAAUGGGCAGUUGUUCAAUCAAGCCUUCACUAAUGCCAUGAUCAAGCUCGGCCGUGUCGGCGUCAAGACUGGUCGUAACGGCAAUAUUCGCCGAGAUUGUGGAGCUUUCAAUUAACGCCUCCUCGUAAAGGGGAAUUUCUUUUUUCUUGGAUUUCUGGGUUUUUUUUCUUUGGGGUGUUGUUAAGGGUUGCAACGUCAAUUGGUUCAACUCAAGAUCUUAAGCGUAAAGAAUAAAUUUCCAAUACAAAGAAA